AUGUCUAUGCAGUUCACCGACCACGUCCGCAAGUUCAGACGUUUCCGAGCUGAGUUUUGGAACACUCCCGGUGUACAGGAAGAGUUGAAAGCCUACGAGGCAUGCGAUAAUGACUAUGAAUACAAGAUCCUUAAAGGAUUGGUACCAAAGUCACUGGUCGGAAGGGUGACGAACGACUUUGGACCUGCAUGGCAAAAAUCCGAUACCUUUUUCACCGACUUUCCCGAGCAUAAUGUCCCUGAACGUGUACUAUCGUCGACAGAGGACUCACACAUCAUCUGCAAUGUUGCCUGCCACGACACGAGACUAUACUCCAGCGACAUUGACCCCUCAUCAUCGGACAAGACCGCAGCCGCUGGGAUGUCGCAAGUUGACAUCGCGAACGUCUUGACGCGAAGCGGUAUUCUGACAGCUAUUGGUCAUACAGUGUACAACGCAGUCUCCCACUUAAAUCCCGAUCUGAUUACGGAGAUGAAGAUCCAUUUCUGGGACUUUUGGUUUAGCGACGGCUCGAUCAACAAGAUUAUUCACGCAAUUCACGACGCUAUGGAACGGCGAUACACCGAGGUCGCUGACGCCUAUCAACGAAACGACAACUCAACAGCUCCUCAACGUCUGGCCCUUCUGGACGCCGUGAUGGAAGAGUGCAGAAUUUCUGCCGUUGACUUCGCGAAGACGCUACGAGCGACCAAGAACCGUGUGGAUGUUGCGUAUGGGUUCCAUUCGCAUCCUCACCAUAGUGUUGGACAUCUGCAUAUGCACGUCUUGCUCGCCGACCCGCAGUUCAGGACAUACAGCACACUCGCGCACGACUGGAAGACACUUUCCUUCGAGGCGGUCGAGUAUGUAUUAGGCGCAGAAUAA